UAUAAUGAUUUUAAUUAAGCGGUACUGAGCAAUACGCAAUGGAUAUUAAGGCAAGCGUCUAAAGUUUUAUUUAACAUUCUUUCCAGUAUUGUGUAAUUGUUCUUCAAUUGAUACAUGUAUUUGAUAUUUUCACAACAAAAUAAGAAUGGAAACUAAUAAUCUGACGGACGACAUUAUGGGAUUGUAUGCGGGACUUGAAUGUAUUGAAAGUGAUGAACAAAGUGAAAAUGGUAUUGAUUCCGUUAAACAAGAUUUUAUAAAGUUUUUCACUGACAAUACAAACAUCCGUCAAAAAUGUCACAAAUUAAUCGAAAAUGACAUCCUUCAAGGAAGUAUUACUAACAAACACAGAGGUAAAUAUAAAUCAUUAUUAAUAAAAAAAGAGGAUAGUCGAAUAAAUGGUGACACUUUGCUUCUUCGAGCAAUGUCAAUUAUAUUAAAUGUAGAAAAGGGCAGCUAUCAGGAAACAAUAUUAAAUUACAUUAUAAAAAAAAUUCUUGUAAAAAUGUGCCCGGAAUUAAUUGUUUUUUCAAACGAAAGUGACAAUUAUCGAGGGAUCACUCCACUGCACCAUGCAAUUAUUAACGGAAGAAUGGAUAUUUUAAAAAAAAUGUUUAAAGCUAUAAAAAAAGCUGGAAACGCGAGAAUUCCAGAAGAAAACCUAAAAAACAUAUGUGCAAGAGGUCCUUUAUUUCAAGACACUGUGAUGAUGGCUGGGACUCCACUUGGAGUAGCUGCACUGAAUUUCAAUGAGGACAUUUUUAACUGUGUCCUUCUUAAUUACCAUUUCAACUUAAUUGUUACAAACGACAACGGUGACAAUAUUAUUCAUUCUCUGGUCGAGUAUGCCUACUUAUAUCCAAACGAACUGACAAAAGUCCUUAAAAUGGUUAGCUAUGUAAUUGAUUGCAGUUUUCUUCGAACUGAUGAGUUGAACACAACUGAGAAGAGAAGUGCAAGAAACAAUAUACAGAAAUUGUUGAUGAUGACAAACAAAGAUCGACUGAAUCCUCUUCAACUUGCUGUCAAAAAACAGCAGUUUAAGAUAUUUGAGCUAAUUAUGCAAAAUACAGUCUAUCAUACCAAAAAUACAAGGGAUGGAUUUUUUAUUGAUGAAGAGUACGACAUCACUGAAAUAGAAACAGUUCAGUUAACUUUUGAGGAAACCCAUAAGAAAGAAGACGACAGUAGUACCAAACAUGAUCAUCAUGAAUCCAUAUUGGAAUAUAUUGUCCAUCAGGAAACAAACAAUGCGUUUCAUUUUGUUGACUUCCUUCCAGUUAAAGAAGUUAUCAGAGCAAAAUGGAAAUCAUACAGUUGGUUUUUCUUAAGCUGGUUUGCGGUCCAUCUGGUAUUCAUGGUUGUUCUCUCGGUAGCUGCAGUCUACAGGUCAAUACUGGAAACACCAGUAUCUACAAAUAGCACGGUUAAAUUUUCUUAUGUUGUUACACACGACACUUUUGUGUCUGUAGUAUCUGUUGUUGGUCUUGUAUUUGCCUUACUUUACCUGGCGAUGGAAAUAUCUAGAAUAAUGAUUUCCCGAUUUUCGUACAGGAUAUCAUCAAAUCUUCUGACACGAGUGUUCCGUAACUUUGGUUCGCCAUAUUCGAACCAAGUCUUUAGAAUAUAUUUUGUCCUUUUUUCAUUAUUUCUCACGCUUGAUUGUGUUCUUGCAGCGACCGAAGCUUCAGGCUCAUUUUCUGGGUAUGAAAAUUACUGCCUUAUUUUUGCUGUUAUUAUAGGUUGGUACUUGGUUAUGUUCUUUUUAAAGACAUUUAAAGCUUUCAGUAUUUUCACUGUUUUGAUUCAGAGAGCGAUUGUCGAUUUACUUAAAUUCGCACUGGUUAUGGCAUUUUUUCUAGUUGCGUUUUCAGUAGCAAUGUAUAUGAUAAUGCAAGGCGCGGACACGGAGGAAGACGACUUUAUUCUUUUUAACACAACUAUGUUUAAAAUGCUUACAAUUAUGAUUGGUAUAGGAGAUUUAGAGAUUUUAUUUCGGGCUAGGCAUCCUUAUUUAGCGGUAUUCGUUUUUGUUCUGUUUGUAUUGUUGACAACAAUUCUUCUUCUGAAUGCCCUUAUUGCAAUGAUGUCAAACACGUGUACAGAUUUAAUGAGCAAUUACGGAGGUGAAAUUGCCGCUAAGCUUCAUUGUCGUUUACAAAAAUUGUCGAUAAUUCUGUUCUUGGAAGGUUUUCUACCUCGAUAUCUUUGCAAGGAAGUUGGUGACAAGUCCAAGAAGGACAGAUAUGAUAACAAUACAAGUAAAUGGGAACAUGAUACAAUACGUCGACUCUGGCGGCGGAAUUCUAUGAAUUGCCAUCGAAGACGAAAAGAAGCUUACAAGGCAACGCAUUCUUUAGAUACCGAUUCUCAAAAUGACGGAGCUUCUUCGAUGCUUAAACAAAGUUUGCAUACAAACAAUAAAGUUGUUCCUCUGAAAAAUAUAAUCAAAAGACAUAAUAAAACUUUGGAGGCGUUAGAUAUCGAUAUCACUAGUUAUGAUUUCGAAAUAUUUGAAACAGAAGAUAAAAAAACUAACAUUCCGAAGGCAAAAUAACAACAACUACCUGCAUCACCACAAUUCCAAAGUUAUAAAAAAGGAAAUAUGUACGGUGGCAAAAGGUGACAUGUGUGUUUUUUAUUUAUCUCGUGCGCACGAGAUACUGUGUCGUGGCCAAAAUAUAAUUAAGCCGUGGCUACGAGAUACUAUGUUGUGGCCACCAGUUACUUAGUCAUGGCCACGAGAUAAUUAAGUCGUGGGAACGAGACACUAUGUCGUGGCCACGAGUUACUAAAUCGUAGCCACGGGAUGAUUAAGUCGUGCGAGAUAAAUAACCAAUCAGAUUACACUAUUUUUAUGAAUGUUCCUCAAUAACUAGACAUGUACUGUAGUACAAGGAUGUCCCUGCCUGUACAUGCCAUUUUUACAAGUUAUUGAUUGGUCAUUGAUUUUAUAUUAAGGGUCAUUGUGACCCCAAAUUUUGACCCAAUGACUCUUAAAUUAUUAGGUUGCAUCUACUGAUAAAGGUG